AUUUUCUCUGAAAAAAAAGAACUGUUAGUAACAAAACAAAACAACAAAAAAGGCAGUUUGGACCCUGCUCCUCUACUGACCAUGUACUCAGAAGCUGAAUGCUGCUGCCUCUCAAGAAAGGAGGUGUCAAGGGACAUGUUCCUGCACAGAUAUUUGACAAACAUGAAAUUGCUACGAUAUGCUAUUGACAGAAGGUGUAAUAUGAUGGUCCCAGACAGAAGAGCACAAACUGUGAGUUGUGCAAUGGACCCUGUGAAAAGUCUUUAUCUGUAGAAUUUUAUCUAACCAAGGAAAAGAUUCAAUAUGAGCCCUGACCAGGCCUGGCCCAGACUGGAAAAAUCGAAGAUAAGAUUGUCUGUUCUUCAUAGUAUCCUCAUUUGCACAGUGGCUGCUUCACACAACUUCAUUUCUGUUAACUUUGUUUUUAGGACUGAGAGAAAUCUACUGUGAAAGAAAGAUGCUUUUUAAUUUGAGGAGCUUUUUCCAUAUUAAAAAAUUAACAUGGAACAACAAGCAUCUGCUGCGACAUGUUUGGCGUGGGCCACCAGCUCAAAUGAAUGUAAGCCUGAAAGGUCGCGACCUCCUUACUCUACAGAACUACACAGCUGAUGAACUGAAGCAUUUGCUGUGGAUGGCUUCAGAUUUGAAACAAAGGAUAAAGCACAAAGGAGAGUACUUACCUUUGAUGCAAGGAAAAGCUUUGGCCAUGAUUUUUGAGAAGAGAAGUACAAGAACAAGAUUAUCUGCAGAAACAGGAUUUGCUCUCCUUGGAGGACAUCCUUCUUUCCUUACAACACAAGACAUUCAUCUGGGCACUAACGAGAGUCUCACAGAUACAGCAAGGGUGCUGUCCAGUAUGACAAAUGCAAUCUUGGCUCGAGUUUAUAAGCAUAAUGAUCUGGACCUAAUGACGAAAGAAGCCACAAUCCCAGUAAUCAAUGGAUUGUCCGAUUUAUAUCAUCCUCUACAGAUUUUAGCUGAUUACCUAACUCUUCAGGAGCACUACGGUGGUCUGAACGGACUCACCAUCACCUGGAUCGGGGAUGGAAACAACGUCCUCCACUCCAUCAUGACGAGCGCUGCAAAGCUAGGAAUGCAUCUCCGUAUUGCAACGCCCAGGGGCUUUGAACCAGAUCUGAGAAUAACGAAAAUAACUGAACAAUACUCCAAAGAGUAUGGUACCAAGUUGCUUCUCACAACAGAUCCGUUGGAGGCUGCAAAUGGUGCCAAUGUCUUAGUUACAGAUACAUGGAUAAGCAUGGGGCGAGAAGAGGAAAAGGAAAGAAGACUAAAGGCAUUUCGAGGUUAUCAGAUUACAAUGCAGACUGUGAAAUCUGCUGCUCCCAACUGGACAUUUUUACAUUGUUUACCCAGAAAACCUGAAGAAGUUGAUGAUGAAGUAUUUUAUUCUCCAAGAUCAUUGGUUUUCCAGGAGGCAGAAAACAGAAAAUGGACAAUUAUGGCUGUCAUGGUUUCCCUGCUGACGGAUUACUCACCACAGCUACAAAAACCUACAUUUUGAUGCUUGGAUUCCAGCCAAAAGAAAAAAUGGCAGAAUAUUCUGGUCCACAAAUACGUCUACCUUCUUCAGAAAGGAUUGAGGCAAUGAAUGAUUCUUUAAUAAAACUGUGUGGUUAGCUCUGCUGAAGUAUGUAAUAUUGCAUUACAUUUGUGAAAAUGUUUGAGACAAUAAACGCCAUUCCA